AUGCCAGAGCAGAUUACUCUUUACACCGCAAAAGUUUGCCCUUUUGCUCACAGAGCGGAACUUGCGCUUGCAGAAGCGAAAGUUCCUUUUACGCGAUAUGAGAUCGACCUUCAGAACAAGCCAGAAUGGUAUGCGCCGAAGGUCAAUCCCGCUAGUAAGGUCCCCGCCAUCGCGUACGGAGGCCCACAAGUCCCUCCGGAUCAGCCCUCUCCUGAAUCCGUCAAGCUCGCGGAGUCACUCGUCCUCGCCGAGUUCAUCGGCGACCUGUUCCCCGAGUCAGGCAUCCUGCCCAAGGACCCCGUGAAGCGUGCGCAGGCCCGUUUCUUCAUCGAGGGCGUCUCGAGCAAGUUUAUCCCCGCCUACGUGUCCUUCAUCAUGAAGAGCGAAGGCUCGGGAGAGGGCCUCUACAGUGCUCUCGAGUACCUCCAGUCUCUCCUCCCCCCUGAGGGCUUCGCGGUCGGCGAGUACUCCCUAGCAGAUAUCGCGAUUGCGCCGUUCUUCGGGCGCGCUCGUGUCCUCCUCGUGAACGACUUUAGCAAGGGUAGGGCCGUAGGGGAAGGCGCGAAGAUUUGGGAGACGAUCAACACUGGGAAGUUUGCGCGCCUUGGGAAGUAUGUCGAUGAUCUCUUCCAGCGCGAGAGUUAUAAGGCGACAUUCGAUGAGGUACGUCUCAAGCCCUAUCGAGGAGGCACGGUUCUCACACCCCAACAGGCGGCCAAUAAUGAGGGGUACAGGAAGCUUUUUGCCCGAGCUUCAUAA